GAAGCGAAACCGCUGACACACGCCAACGCGGCUAUGACUGAACGUAGCUUUAAAACUCACUAAAAUAUCAUGUAAAAUAUCCUCUACGCGCGUACGUUUAUGUGACCAUAGCAAAGAUGAGACAGGAUACAGAGGAACUAACACAAAAAGUAGCAGAGUUCAAGAAUGAUCCCGAUAAACUCCGACAGGCCUCGGAAUUCGUUGACGAGCUCAUACAGCAGGCCAAAAAAGAGGCCGAGCUCAAACAAAAAGCGAAAGAUAGAGGCAAAUUUGGAUCUCAAGAUUCGGGUGUAGGUAACCUAAAGAGGAGGCUGGGUCGAGCCAGAGGCUUCGUAUUGCGGAUGUUCGACGCCCUAUGCAACUGCACGCAAACUGCCGCCGCCGCUGCGCGCACCAGUGCCCGCAAUAAUCCCUUCGUCAAACGCUAAAAAAACCUACAUCUUAGUUCCGAACGACAAACAUAGAUGGCGCUUUUCGAAAACAGCAAAGCGGAAUGUUAAAAAAUAAUCUU